AUGUGCGACGAGAUUCCUCCACCGGCAGAUCAAUUCUCCGCCGUAACCUUAUCCUCAUCUUCAACACUACAAAAAGCUCGUUUCUCAGAUCGAGUCCGAAUCCGGUCGAUCCUAACCCGACCCGACGGAGGAGCCGGGCUCGCGGGUCAGAAAGUCCGAAUCAGCGGGUGGGUGAAAACCGGAAGGGAGCAAGGAAAAGGGUCUUUCGCAUUCCUCGAGGUGAACGAUGGGUCGUGUCCAGCGAAUCUCCAGGUUAUGGUGGACGCUUCGGUUUCGGAUUUAUCGAAGCUGGUUGCGACGGGGACUUGUGUGACUGUUGAAGGGUGUUUGAAGAUUCCUCCGGAAGGCAAAGGGACGAAGCAGAAGGUUGAGCUUAGUGUUGUGGAGGUGGUUGAUGUUGGGGUGGUGGAUACUGCCACGUAUCCGAUUCCGAAGACGAAGUUGACUCUUGAGAGGUUGAGAGAGUUUCCUCAUCUUCGUGCUAGGACCAAUUCGAUCUCUGCAAUUGCAAGAAUUAGACACGCACUUGCUAUUGCGACCCACACAUUCUUUGACGAAGAAGGUUUCCUAUACAUUCAAACUCCAAUCAUCACAACAAGUGACUGCGAAGGUGCUGGAGAGAUGUUCCAAGUAACCACUCUGAUCAACCAUACCGAGAAGCUGGAGAGGGAUCUCAUUGAGAACCCUCCACCUACCGAGGCCGACGUAGAAGCCGCUAGACUCGUUGUCAAGGCGAGAGGUGAAGCUGUAGCGCAACUCAAAGCUGCUAAAGCAAGCAAGGAAGAGAUCACCGCUUCCGUUUCUGAACUCAAUGAAGCAAAAGUGAGUUUAGCUAGGACUGAAGAGAGGUCAAGGCUCAAACCCGGAUUACCUAAAGUCGAUGGAAAGAUUGAUUAUUCACAAGAUUUCUUCGGUCGUCAAGCUUUCUUAACAGUAUCUGGUCAGUUACAAGUGGAGACUUACGCUUGUGGUCUUAGCGAUGUGUACACAUUUGGACCUACUUUCCGGGCAGAGAACUCUCAUACCUCGAGGCAUCUUGCUGAGUUCUGGAUGGUUGAGCCUGAGUUAGCUUUUGCUGAUCUAGAGGAUGAUAUGAACUGCGCAGAGGCGUAUGUGAGAUACAUGUGCAAGUGGCUGCUUGAGAAACGUUAUGAUGACAUGGAACUCAUGGCUAAGAACUUCGAUAAAGGGUGUAUUGAUAGGCUGAAACUUGUUGCAUCGACUCCGUUUGGUCGUUUAACGUACACCAAAGCGAUAGAACUGCUUGAGGAAGCUGUGGCUAAAGGGAAGAAGUUUGAGAACCCUGUGGAGUGGGGAAUCGACUUAGCAUCUGAGCACGAAAGAAUUGAGGAGAUGGGACUACCAGUGGAGCCAUACGAGUGGUACUUGGACUUGAGACGGUACGGAACAGCGAAGCAUUCAGGAUUCGGACUUGGAUUCGAACGUAUGGUUCUGUUUGCGACAGGAAUGGACAACAUCAGAGACGUUAUUCCCUUCCCUCGCUAUCCUGGAAGAGCUGAUCUUUAAGUUUAUUACUUUGCCCCCAAACUCAUUUUUAUGUUUUUUUUAUAAAAUCUUACAUUAUACAGGACGUUGCUUAGUGAAUGAUUUAGAUAUUUUACUUUGAUAUACGACACUGGUUUUGUUCGGUUAUCUGCAGAAAUUAAGUAUCACGAACUGGAUAAUGUAUUUACCGAAUUAGAUAACAAAGGCAAGGAGAUGUGUAAUGGAAGAGAG